CCACCCACAAUGCAACGCGGACGAACCUGGGGGAUCCUCCGAGAAGACGGGACAACAAAAAAAAGAACAGAUUAGAGACAAGUUAAGACAAAGCAGGUCGUUAAAACGAUAAUUUGUGAAUGGUGUAAUUUAAUAGUGGUAGCUCUAGCUGCCUAAUUUUAAGAAAAAAAAAUUGUUUAGUAAGUUCCAACUUUGUUAGUGGAGGUUAGCGGUGUGACAGAAGCCAGACUUUGCUUUGGCGACAGGGACAGCAGAGUUAGCCAGCUUCAUAGCUAAUGUUAGCUGUCAGCUAUCUUGACAACAAACAAUGCUCCGUUGAUAACCAUAGUUUGUUAUUUAGCUAGCCAGAGUAUAGACCGGAUCAAAGAUAUCAUUAAAACACACAUCUCUGUGAUUUCUUCAACUAUCAACAAGACCAUUGACGUUGGCUAACUAACGUUAGUUUUCCUUGUCCAAGUGAGCCACAGCCGGUAGUGGCUAUUGUUAAAUUAACUGAGGCGAGUCGCUGAAUCAUUUACUGGGUCAAAAUGAACAUCGACGAGGCGGCAGCUCCGAAACCUGUCACCGACGAUGAUGGUAUGACAUGGUGGUACCGAUGGCUCUGUAAAAUCGUUGGGGUCCUGGGCGGAGUAUCAUGUGCCAUCUCAGGAGUGUGGAUGUGUGUCACUGUCAACCCUUUAAACAUCGCUGCUGGAGUAUGGAUGGUGUUGAAUGCCUUUGUGCUGUUCCUGUGUGAAGUUCCAUUCUGCUGCCAGUUCAUUGAGUUUGCAAACGCAGUGGCAGCUAGAGCUGACAAAUUCAAGCCAUGGCAGAAAGCCUUCUUCUACUGCGGGAUGGCACUGGUUCCCAUAUUCCUGAGCUUCUCCAUCACCACUUUGUUUGGAAAUGCCAUUGCCUUCGCUACGGGAGUCCUCUAUGGUCUCGUCUCACUGGGCAAAAAGGGUGAUGCGGUGAGUUACGCCAGGCUGAAUCACCAGAAACUGGGGGAUGAGGAGAAGCUGACCGGGACGACUGAUGGGUCAAUAUAGUGACAUGGCUCAUCCCUCCGGUCUCACAGAGGAACACUAUCCUUUAUCAAGGGAUAAAGAUGUCAACCCCUCUCCCCCACCAUCUCUUUUACCCCACCUCUCCCUCUCUGUUACUGGGUUUAUUUAUGCAUCUAAACUGCUGCAUCUUUAAUGUCUUAUUUGAUGAAAUGUGUCUGUAUAGAUUUGAUGUAAUUUGGUCCUUUUAUAGUGUGAAUUUAGUUUGACAUUUUAGUUCAUGUAAAGGUUUAGCGGUUGUUUUAAUGUUUUUUUUUGUGUGCUGUUUUGUUGUCCUGGUUACUGGGGUAUCCAUUUUUUGCAAGUAGGAAAAGGAAUGUACCAUUUUAGCCAAUCCGCCUUUCAGGAAACCUGGGCGAUGGUGAAAGUGGAAUUGUAGUUUUUGUUAAGGAUUUUCCCAAGUCAUCUUCCUCUGUUUGUGCCACCGGCAAUUGGAAAUUCGGCCAUUGGGACAGUAAUCCCAAAUGUAUAUCCACCCAGUGUACCCAAAGAUGGGAGUCCUCUUUUAUAUUGAUUACUUGAGAUAUGAAGUAACCAAUAUUCAGUUUUCAACUGAACACUUUGAACAAACAUUGACAACAUUGCAUGUUUACAGAGGACAUAGGAUUCACUGUGACAUAGUUCUAACAACGGUUUUCAGUGCACAGAUAAGAUGGAACUAUCUUAUCAGCUUUUGGGGCAUUCUACAAAUUUGCUUGUAAUCAAACAGUCACAGGUUGCUACAGGUUGUGUAUAUCAUGAGAAGAAAAACAGAUUAAGGGCUCAAUUCAAUACAUCUCUCUGAAGUUCAGCGCUGUAGUGCAAUUGAAAUUCAAAGGUAAUGUUCCCACUUUCGUGGAGACUGCAUUCACGGUAAACGAUGCACGUGUCGGCUCAAUCGGAAACUACUUUAACAUUUUAAUCACGCUAUAGCGCUGAACCUCUGCGAUACGAAUUGAAUUAGGUUCUAAAGCACUAUAGCCUUUCUUUAGGGCCCAUCUAUUGUUGUUCUCUUCUGGAACCUGAAUUGACCUAGAACCCGGUUGAUCUAUGCCACUUCAGAAUGUUUGUUUUCGACUCUACAAAUCCUAGUGCGAUCUAGCCUUCUGACCCAUGGAAGCAGAAUGUUAAAGUUUUAAGGACUGUGAUGAGAUAAUGUCUUGAUUCAGAGACUAAUAGUGUUUAACACAGCACACAAAGCACAUAUUAGGCCUUUUCCUUAGUCAGAUAGGAGAUACAAUCUUCUGUCCAACCUCUGAUCACAGGUGAAAUGUGUUCAGCAACAUGCUGUUGUUUUUUUGGUUGACUCUUUUGGUGAAAAGUAAUGCAUAGAGUUAACUUGUUUGGCCACACCUCUUACAGUAGUGCAUCUCGCACAUUAUCUCUGGAUUGGAAAACAUUUCAAUCAGUAAAAUGGUCACCCAUGAUUGGUUCUCAGUUAGGCAUAUUUUUAUUUUCUAUAUACAUCAUACAGGGUAACUAGCAAGAACACUAUUGAAGGUCACUUUAACCAAUGCAUAGGUACUAUCCACAUACACAUACAAAUGAACCAGCUUUUGUUAAACGGAAUCAAACACUACAGGCACACAAGCGAUAUUAUAUCACUUAGAAAUAUAUGGAACACUAUUUAGGCUCAUAGUUCAAAAUAAUAUGCAACAUAGGCGUGUUAGCAGCUAUCUAAUGUAGCUUCACAGUUAACUAGAGCGUUGGGCCAGUAACCGAAAGGUUGCUAGAUUGAAUCCCCGAGCUGACAAGGUAAAAAUGUGUCUUUCUGCCCCUGAACAAGGCAGUUAACCUACUGUUCCUAGGGUGUCAUUGUAAAUAACAAUUUGUUCUUAACUGACUUGCCUAGUUAAAUAAAGGUUCAAAAUAUAUAUUUCAAUAGUUUCAGAUAUUAUGCAUUUUACCAACAUUUUCAUUACUGUAACAGACCAAAAAAAGUUAUAAACAAAUCAAUAUUUUAUUUUAACAUUGCUCCCCUAAUGAAAAGGCUUGAGUUAAACAUAACACUGAAAAUAAAUAUUUCAAAUGAAAUAACUUUUUCCCUAUUUGAGCUCUUCAGCAAUUUUGGUAAUGAGAAGGCCAAAUGGGGUACUCUAGAUGAUGCAUAAUGGAUGAAUAAAACCUGAUUGGAGUUUUUACAGGAACUAGAACAUUUUUUGACACAUGUCCAGACACUAUGUAAUAAAUAUAGUUUAAUGUAAACUUUGUUUUAUUCAAAUAAAUUAAGCUUUAUAAAAUGACCUGAGAAUUUAAUCCGGGUGCAUUUCGGGAAUAAGAUUUUGGGGUGAAAAUGUGAAAAAUUCGGGUAAAUGUAAAAUGGGUUUAAAACAAGACUCCUUCCCCAAAAGACAUCUUGGUUCUCGGAAUGAUAGUCGAUUUUGGCAGGUUCAUCAUGGUUUUGUAACUCAAUUUGCUAGACAUAUUCUAAAAGAGAUUCACCCCAUAUACAAGAGGGACACUAAGCCUUACCUCUGGGCACAUACAAGUCCUUAAUGGUUACACUAUAGCGUUAUGGAACAAUGAUCUAAAAUAUUUUUUACUUAACUGGGAAAGUCAGUUAAGAACAAAUUUGUAUUUACUAUGACAGCUGGAUGAGAUACAGCCUGGAUUUGAACCAGGGACUGUAGUGACACCUCUUGCGCUGAGAUGCAUUGCCUUAAACUGCUGCACCACUCUGGAACCUCAAACACUAACAGCUUGCCCCAUGCAAUAGGAAUGAGUUUUGCAGCCCAGACCUCUAGUUUGCUUUAAAGUGUUUCUGUGUAUUCUUCUGUUUAGUUAUGUUGAAUCGAAGUGAAUUUAGUUUGUCUUUGUUGCUUUUUAUGAUGUAAUGUACUAUAAGGUCAAAAUGAGCAUACUAACUUGGUUGCUAGUUAUAUGGGGGUGCGUUUGUAAAUUCACUCUGGAGUGCCAGAGCGCUUUGGGCGUCCGUAAAUUCAGAGCGUUUUGCUCUGGCCAAGGAGUAGGGUUGAUCCGAGCGUUCUGACCUUAACGGCAGUCAAACUAUCCGGCUAAAAUGAGCUAGCUAGAUAGCUACUUCCAUACAAAAAUUAGAGAACACCUCACUCUGACCAUUUUACUCACCCUAGCAGAGCUGUUUAGGCUUUUUUCAUGUUAUCCAGAGCAUUGGUGACUAACUUUGCUGCAAAUUUGCAUUUUUGCCAACAUUUACUGACACCAGUCAUGUCGAACGUUCUUAAAUUCAUCAGUUAUAGUAGAUGGCCAGAGCAAAUUUACGAACUCGCCCAUGGUAUUCUCUCCAUAUGGAUCAACAUUUUUCCUCCUAGUUAUUACUUGUGAUUUAAAUAUCUAACCUUUAAUUCAUGAAAAACUCUCAAAUACAAAGGCAACACAUAAUCCAAACACUUGGAAUUUAAACUGCAGAUAUUCAACAUCAAGACAUGGAUGUUAAAUCUGAAAAAUACCACAUUUUAAAACAUUCGAACCAGAAAACUGAUAUAGCAAUGAAUGAAAGAUCCAUGCAUAGUUAAAGCGGCACUAGGCUGUUUCUGAUGACCAACUUUCUGAAUGAUUAGGGUUGAGUGGGAUUUGAAUAAAGUCCAUAUUAAUUUGAUCAAACCGUUUUGUGUAAUCCUUAUGGGUCACCAAGAGAUUCCUCAAUUCACUAAGACCUCACUCAAAGUGCAAGUUCACUUCUAAAAGAAACAAUUGUUAAUUCAAUCAAGCCUCCUGUCCUGUGCCAUCUAGUCAAGGGUGAGUCCUCAGUCCCAUUACAGACUGAUGCAGUUCAGUCAGUCAGGUUCAUUUGUGUUUGGGUGAUUUGGGCUUCCUUGGUUCCUUGGUCUUCUUGGUUAACUCCGGGUUGUUAUGACUAGCCUUGAUCUCUGCCUCCCAAUGUUUCUUCACCACCGUGUACAACCUCAUGGUCGCCUGGGCGUCUUGGACCUGCAACACAUUCUCAGACAUUGGCUACGGUUCACAGUUGUACUACUGUAUAUGUGAGCUACAAAAUAAAAAGAUUGAUAAAAAGUUGA